CUUUUCCAUGGGCCCGUCCCGGCCCGGCCCGACUCGUAUUCCAUUACCCGUCCGUCGGUGCAAACCAACUUCUUGCGUCCACUGUGUCUCCAUUUCCAGCUGUCGAUUAAUUUCUAUGCAACCCUUCUCUAUGUGACGCUGUGCGAAUCCCUCCGCGCCUCUUCCCCUUGAUCGAGGUCUCGUCAAAUGUCGUGUUCUUGAAAUAGAUCACUCAUCGAUCUUGAUUCAUCCCUGCAUCUUCGCGUCGAUCGAUCGUCAUCUGCAUCUUGAAAUAUGAUCGAACGAGUCGGAAACCCCACGCCUGCUGGCUGUUUCCGGGACCAUGCACCCAGAUCCAGGGCUCUCCUGUACUAAAAUAUCGGAUUUCGUCUUGCUUUUUGGUUGAUUCGGGCUUCGAGCGGUCGGCUUUCGUCUCAGGAUCUCAGAUCUGGCAACCAGAUUCGACUCUGAAUCGUGGGAGCAGUUCUGCGAUUAGAUCGAUUCGGAAACCUAACAUCAAGUCGGUCGUGUUGCUUCACCGGAUUCUUGCUCCCUUGAGGUGGUCCGUUGAGAUUCUAGGGCUACUCGAGGAUGAAUCCGAGACCGGGGCAAACGUCUUAUCGUGAUCGGACGCAGGAGUUCCUCAAAGCAGUCGAGAAUUUUAAGAAGUCCUUCGCAUCGAUACCAGAUGCAACAAGCAGUAUUGCUGCUCCGAAGUUUGAAGGACCGAAAUCAGCUGCCUCGAUCCAGUCGGAGUUCAGCAGGAGAGCUUCGCAAAUUGGGCUCGGGAUCCAUCAGACUUCGCAGAAACUUGCCAAACUUGCGAAAUUGGCGAAAAAGACAUCGGUUUUUGAUGACCCUACUGUACAGAUUCAAGAACUGACAGCAGUUAUCAAGCAGGAUAUUACUGCUUUAAAUUCUGCAGUUGUAGACCUGCAACUCCUUUGCAAUUCACAAAAUGAAAGCGGUAAUAUGUCCAGGGACACUACCAAUCAUUCAACCACUGUUGUUGAUAAUUUGAAGACGCGCUUGAUGAGUGCAACAAAGGAGUUCAAAGAAGUUUUAACCAUGCGGACUGAGAACUUGAAGGUUCAUGAAAAUAGAAGGCAGCUGUUUUCUUCAUCGGCCUCAAAGGAAGCAACCAAUCCUUUUCUUAGACAACGCCCACUGGUCUCCAGGGGAAGUAAUGACUCUGCCUCUCCCCCAGCACCAUGGGAAAAUGACUCAACAGCUUCUGCUCCUUUGUUUCCCAGGAGGAAGUUGAAUGGGGACCCAUCAUCAUCAACUCAGCCUUUGAUACAGCAGCAGCAGCAACAACAACAAAUGGUUCCAGCACAGGAUAGUUACAUGCAGAGCAGAGCAGAAGCUCUUCAGAAUGUCGAGUCAACAAUUCAUGAGUUGAGCAAUAUUUUUACGCAGCUGGCUACAAUGGUUUCGCAGCAGGGAGAGCUUGCAAUCAGGAUUGACGAGAAUAUGGAUGACACGUUGACUAACGUGGAAGGAGCACAAGGUGCACUGCUUAAAUACCUCAACAGUAUAUCCUCUAAUAGGUGGCUGAUGAUCAAGAUAUUCUUUGUCCUUAUGGUUUUCCUUAUGAUCUUUCUGUUUUUUGUUGCAUAAUUCUAUGGCAGAUUUAACAGAACCAUCUUUGUUGUCAAUGAUCUGUGUUCUUUGUAAUUUUUGUUUUUCGCUAUUCCUUUCUGCACAUUACAUCUGAUGAUUGGCAAAUUAGCUAUUUACAUGUUUUUGUUUGAGAA